UGAUAAUAUCGCACCGGAUACAGAAGCUGGUGGUGAAAAAACGAUAGGAUGGUAAAUGUUUAUUUAAAAUAAAUAGAACAAUGAGCCUCAUGAUGGUUUCAAAAGUAUUGGCUUUGAUGCUGCUGACAUCACAUUGCCAGUCAGAAAACAUCCACAUUGGAGCUGUUCUCAGCAAUAUGGAAGUUGUUAACCACUUAAAAGAAUUCGUCCACGAAGCAAACUCAAGACUAGACGUCAAGGCAGCAGGUCUGUCGUUCAACGUGACCGCUCAGCCCAUGGAUGCCAAUCCGAUUCGCUCAGCUUUGUCAGUUUGUGAUGACAUCAUCACAAAGCGUGUGCACAUCAUGAUUGCAAGUCAUCCAUUUGAGCAUGAUGUGUCACCAAUAUCUGUUUCCUACACCUGUGGAUACUAUGGCAUGCCUCUGAUUGGUAUAUCUGCAAGAGAUAGUGCUUUCUCAGACAAGAAUGUCCACCCAACAUUCAUGCGCACAGUGCCGCCAUACUUCAACCAGGCGGUGGUCUGGGUUGACCUACUGACCCACUUUGGCUGGAACCAGGUCAUCUUUGUGCAUGGCAUGGACGAGGAAGGAAGGGCCAUACUCAGUCGCUUCCAGACCCUGGCUGAACAGCGGGAAAUCAAGAUUGAAAAGACAGUGAAAUUCUCCAUCGGUACUACCAACUUCACGGAGCUGCUGCAAGAUGUGGUUGAGGCUCAGUCAAGAAUAGUGCUCUUGUCAGCUGGCAAGGAGGAUGCAGAGGUGCUGUUUAACAAUGCAGCAGAGCUGAGGAUCGCGUAUGGAUCAGAAUAUGUGUGGCUGGUGACUGAGGAAGCCAUGAAAGCCUACAGUACUCCUGUUGGUGCUGUGGGUCUGGAGCUCAUCAACGAGGAUGAGGAAGCCAAUCUGGAGGACAGCGUCAAGCUGAUAGUGGACUCUGUCGUUGAGCUGUUUAGAUCGGGCAACAUGACCGCCAUCAAGGACACUCCGGACUCAUGCUCUACACCCAUGACCAGCAAGUGGCGGGAUGGCAUGGCUCUAUUUGAGCACAUGAAAAGCAUGACUAUUGAAGGCCGGACAGGGAUGCUUCAGUUUACAAAUGAAGGAGACAGGCUGAAUUCAAUAUACUACAUCCAGAAUAAGCAACAGGACAGGGUGCAAAUGGUUGGAUACCAUGGUAACAAAGAGUCUCAAGGUCAAAUGGUGAACCUUCGCAAUGAAAUAGUAUGGCCUAAUGGAGAGACUGAUACACCAGAGGGUGUGCAGAUUUCUACACAUUUACAGGUGGUCACCAUUGAGUCAAAGCCUUUUGUCUACCGCUUUCCAUUGCUAACAGAAAAUGAUAUGAAUCAUUGUGACAAAAAAAAGGGAGUUAACUGCUCUUUUACAAACUCCACCACAGGGGAAACAACAUUCCACUGUUGCUAUGGUUACUGCAUGGAGAUGUUGAAACUUAUUGCUGGCAAAGUGAACUUCACAUACAGUGUACAUCUGAGUGCAGAAAAUAUAUUUGGCUCUUUUAAAAGGGUUGGCAAUGGCACGAAGAAGGAGUGGACGGGUAUGAUGGGAGAGCUGACAAGGGAUGAUGGGGUGACCUCUGACCUAUUAGUUGCCCCCCUAACCAUUAACCCCGAGAGGGCUGCCGCCAUUGACUUCUCCAAGCCCUUCAAGUACCAGGGCCUCAGCAUACUUGUGAAGAAGGCCCAAAAGGACUCAAGCCUGGCCUCUUUCCUGCAGCCCUUCACAGACACCCUGUGGAUCCUGGUGGCCCUGUCUGUGCACAUUGUGGCUCUCGUGCUGUACCUGCUGGACCGCUUCAGCCCGUUUGGCCGCUUCAAACUUGCCAAGAACGAUGAUACAGAGGAGGACGCUCUAAACCUCUCCAGUGCCAUGUGGUUUGCCUGGGGAGUGCUACUCAACAGCGGUAUUGGAGAAGGCACUCCCAGGAGCUUCAGUGCGCGUGUACUGGGCAUGGUAUGGGCAGGCUUUGCCAUGAUCAUCGUGGCCUCCUACACGGCCAACCUGGCUGCCUUCCUGGUACUGGACAGGCCUGAUGCCUCCAUAUCUGGAAUUGACGAUUCUAGGUUGCGCAACCCCAAUGAGAAUUUCCGCUAUGCCACAGUGAAGGACAGUGCAGUGGAGAUGUACUUCAAGAGACAGGUCGAGCUGUCCACCAUGUACAGGAAAAUGGAAGAGUUAAACUACGCCAACGCUGAUGAUGCCAUCAGAGAUGUGAAGAUUGGCGAGAAGCUUCAAGCCUUCAUCUGGGACUCGUCCAGGCUUGAGUAUGAGGACCUCAAGGACUGUGACCUGGUUAGGGUGGGGGAACUCUUUGGGAGGUCCGGCCUGGGGGUGGGGCUAAAAAAGGGCAGCCCCUGGACCCACAGGGUAUCCCUGGCAAUACUGGGGCUGCACGAGGGAGGGGACAUGGAGAAACUGGACAAUGAAUGGAUACUUGUUGAGAGCACCGAGUGCCCCGAGCGUGCCCCAACACCCGCUACCCUGGGUCUUACCAAUAUGGCAGGAGUAUUUAUGAUGGUGGCUGGAGGGAUUGUAGCGGGAGUAUUCCUGAUAUUUGUGGAGAUCCUGUACAAGCGGCAUCGGGGACUGAAGGAGAAGGAACUGGAACUGGCCAGGAAUGCUGCUGAUAGAUGGAGGGGAAAUAUUGCGAAAAGGAAACAGCUUCGACAUUCAUGGGCCUACCUUCGAUCCCUGAGAGGGGAGCCUAGUAAAGAUAGCAGUCAUCCAUAGCUGUUUAUUUAUACUUCUAUAAUCAUUUUACUAAGGUUCAUCCUUAUCCCAUUUAAAUCAGUUUCUACAGUGGUAAUAUGUAAUUUUUGAAGUUUUCAGCAUAAGUAACUGUGCUUGAUGACACGCCUAUUAAUUCAACAAUUGAGUUUUUAACUUUUAAUAAAGCAACGCUCACAGUGCCUUUGCUAAAUAAACAAACCAAGUAUGACAUAUUUUUAAAACUUGAGUAGUUAUCAAUCUGAUUAGCUAUUGUUUCAACUUUUUUAAACAUUAUUUGUUAUGCCUCCUGACAGCCAUUGCCUUCACUUUCUUUGACACUAUAUUUGCUGGAGCAUCUGGAUGCAUGAAGCAUAUAUUGUUCUCUUUUUAAAUCCUUCCAUCUUUUCACACAUGACAGGAAACAAUUUAACCAUGUAGUCUUUUACCAACACUGAUUACUAAACCUGUUUGAUGGAUAAAAAGAUAAUUGACAAUCACAUUUCCACUGUAUAUCACCAAAACAUUAACCUUGACAUUAUUUUCACUUGCACAAUGUCUUGGUCAAAACAAAUUUUGUACCAUUUCUUCUAGAAGCAUGAUUGUUCUACAAAACACUUGGAUAAUCACACAGUUGAUGCUUUAGCCCAUCCAAGAUUCCCCAAUCCACCCAUUUUAUCCAAUUUCUCUUAACUCCAUUAUUGACCUUGACAUAAUUUGAACUCCGUAUACUUCAAUCACUCAUAUGCGACAGGUUGAGUAGAAUUUGCCAUUUGAUCUGCAUUCACAAAGCGUCCUUUAACUCUGAUUCUUAAACAGGUUUUGCCUAUCACUUCCCGGUAUUCCCUAUCCACUUAUUGAAACAGCAUUUGCUUUGACCAAGAGCUGGUCUUAGAAAUGGGCUAUCUAGUAUCAACCCAGGCUUUUGUGAAUCAAACACUGAUUUUUUUCGAACCUGAGAAGGGUAUCAAUAUAGAAGUCAAUUAAGCAUUUUUAUUGACUUAAUUAUAUUAUGCUGCCAAUAUUUACCUUAUUUGUUGUUUUGUUGGUCAAUAUAGCAAUAUACUUAGCUGCUGAAGUAAAAUAUGCCAUUGUAAUAUUUGUUUAAUGUUGUACAUCUAUAUGUUAUAUACAUCAAAGGGUGUUUUAUUAUACUGUGCUUGGAUUGUUAACGUAGUGUUGUAUAUUGUGUUUCUUGUCUAGUUUCAAUUCACCAAUAAUUUGAAGGAUUGUCAAAUUGAAACUCAGUAUUUUUGUAAAUUUAUCUUGUUUUCUUGUUUAUUAUGUACUUCAAAUAUAUAUUAUACAAUAAGCAGUAAAUACCAGUGCAAUAUUUUUUCUUGAUAAUUAUGUAUUGUGGUUUUUUUGUAGCUCAGUUAAGCACAACAUGCUCUGAGUUAGCUUUUGUGAUCACAUUUUGUCUGUUGUUCAUCAUUAUUCGUGUGUUGUCAACAUUUAUCUUGUGAGCUAUAGACUUUAUUAAUUGCCCAAUCUCAAAAAACAUGUUUGUAAAAAAAAUUCAAUGACAUCUUGACUGAGUUUCCAUCUGGAUCUUGAGAGGUUUAAAACUGGUCACUUUGUCUUAUUAAAGAAAAAGGUUGCAAAUGUUUAGGAGGAAUAUUUUUCUCCAAUCUGUUUGAACCUUUUUCUUAACAUUUGUUCAAAUUAUAUCUCAGCAGAUUUCAAAAAUGGUUCUCAUUCAUUGCAAAAAUAGCCAUAUGGGGUCGGAGCAGAUUUCCUGUUCAAAUCUUAUUGAAAAUUGCUUAGAGUUUGUUCUAAUAAUAUAAUUGACGAGUUAAAAAAUGUUUUGUCUAAAACGGACGCAUAAAUGUACCUUAUUUGAUUAAAUUGAACCUUGUGAACACUUAAAAUGCCACAUGUUUUUGCCUAAUUAGAAAAAAAGCUUUAUAAAAACAUUUGUUUUAUUCAAAUCUCAGACGAGUUCAAAAUUGGCUACCGGUAAAAAGCAAGGUUAGAAUCCAAAUUUAUUAUACAAACAUCACAGAGCUGCUUAUAACAGUUACGGUCAUUCUGAGGUGAACGAACUAUGGUAUUUUCACUCUUGUUGUACAUAUCACAUUCGUUUGUAUCAGUCUCGUUUAUGCAUUGAUACCCUUUUAACAUGGAAUAAUGUCCUUUACAGGAUACUAUUAUUUAUUUUAUGAAGUAGAGAAAACGUUUAUUUUUAGCUUCAAUAUUAUUAUCUCAUGUAUUUUCUCCAAUAUUAUCUCAUGUAUUUUCUGCCAUUCUCCUCUGUAAAUAUUAAUAUUGUCUUCAACAUACCAUCACUGUAUGCAUUUAACUUAGAUGAUCAUAUGUAUGUUGUUUUUUCUCAUUUGUAAGUAAAAUAAUUGUAACCAACGGUAUGUUAAUUAUUUCGAUUUUUACGAAAUCACUGCCAUUAUAUUUGAAAAAGCUAUACAUGUAUAUGCACACAUGUAUGUCACCACUGUUUCAAUCUUUAUAAACCAACAUUAAAGCCUGUGUACUAAGAUUUUUAUAUUACAGUCGGCCUUAAUCAAGUGCCUUAACAUAUUAAGCAAUUAUGAAAUUAUGCAUGCGUUUUGUUAUAUUUGUGUUUUACUGCAUCAUUGUUGUAAAAGUAGUUUUUGUGAUUAUAUUUUUAUAAUUUAGUUUAUGAAGUUUUGUUUUGUCUCCUGUGUCAAUCAAUCGAGUGAAAAUGGUUUGAAAAUGGCCGAAGACAUCAUGUGAAGGAUAAGUUUAAAGAUAUUCCUAACACUAGAAAUUUUUCAUUGAUCGAUGGUGUGUCACUUGCAAGCCUAGCGGCCUAAGCUUAAUACGCUAUAAUAAAUGUGUUUUUUCAAGAUAUAUGUAUAACAAUACGUCAUGUUUAGGAAUCCAAAUUUACGCGAAUAAUUGUAAAUGUGGAUGUUGUGACUCUAGGUUAUGUGCUACUUGAUGACUUGCAACAUUUUGGUUAACACAAUCAAAAAAAGGUAUUUAAUCACUUAAUGGACACACCACGACCCUCACUUGCAGCUUUAUAAACUUCAUGAACGUCUAUAUAUGUAUACUUUUGAAACUCUAAAUAUAACAAUGGGCUACAGAACAAUUUUUGCUGCAUUUAAAAUGAAUGCAAAAGCUUUAAAAGUGGAACCAUUUAUUGAAGAAUUUAUAAAUGUCAACCAGUUUUAAAUCGAAAUACAAAUGUAAAUAGUAAUGCACACAUUAUUACGUGUUGUUUUUAUUGUAUCUAAGUCACUAUAUAUCCGGUGUUGUUUUAUUGAUGUGCAAAAGCUAUUUUUAUGGCACUUAUUUCCAUGCACCUCGUAUAAGUUCAUGCUAUGUUUACGUUGUGUUGAUGACUUUUACAAACCUACUGCUGUGUUUUUUUUCUCUUGAUUAUUUUUUUUUGUAUUUGCUAUUUUCUAAGUAAAUAUAUCGAUUUUGU